AAUACCGCACUAAAGACACAAUCUUACGCAAAGUGAAAAUUAAAUUGUUUAUACAAGUGUUCUCUUCUGUUUAGUUCCAGUAAAUCUCUUAUCCAUUUCGCUAAUCGGUACAAGUAAACCAGUGGCCAUUCCUGAAAAAUGCCUUUCAUGAAAGGAAAAGCUCCUAUACGGAGAACGUUGCAAUAUCUAAAUGCCGGCCAGCUGAUGCUCAAGGAUAAGGUGAAAAUAUUUAGUGUGAACUACAACACGUACGGCGAACACCACGAAGGUGCUAGGGAUUUUGUGUUUUGGAACAUACCUCAGAUACAGUACAAGAACCCGAAGGUGCAAGUGGUAACUUUCAAAAACAUGACCCCAUCUCCCUUCAUUCGCUGUUAUUUUGAAAAUGGCAAACAAAUGUUGAUCGAUAUUGAUAGCAAAAACAGGCAAGAAAUUCUGCAGCACCUGUCCACCGUUGUGGGUAAAUCAGAGGCAACGUUGAAAGCAGAAGCGAAGCUCGCCGAAAAACAGGAUAAUCCAGCAAACUUUGGCAUAGGCUGCAUGAAGCAUUGUAUCUGCGAAAUCCCGGGACAAUUGCCGUGUCCGGGGGUGGUACCAGUACCGAAGCAUAUGCGAGGAAAAUUUAAAUAUCAAAUGAAGGAAUAAUGCUCUCAUCUUCUCGCAACGGGAAAAUAAGCGUUUGAUAACAAGAGAAAUAAAUCUGUUUAGUUUCAUAGUUUA